AUGAACCCUGGUCCUGCGGUCAAAUGCUUGCCUCACAGGAGCGACCAUAUAUUUGCGAUUUAUUCUCUUCUCAACCUCGCAGGUCGACGCUGGCAACCAUUGCAAGAUCUGGCAAAUGGCCCAUUGUUGCUUUGCAGAGAGGCUUCUUCCCACUGGCCAACUCACCUUUUGGGAUCAAGCAUUUUCUGGGUGGCCAAGCUGCGGCUCUUCGCGUGUGAAGGUGCGGGUCGCGGCUCCCUCCCAUUACCUCCCCCCGUGCACUUCCCCAAGAAGAGAUAUGGAACUCGGUUAAAUCCAAAGACAGUGCUGGCCAAAGCAGCCUUCCGGGACGAUGUGGGCAACAAGAACAACUCCUCUUCCCCAAGAAACGAACUGGUUGAGUCGCAACCCACGACGCGGCCACGAUAUGAGGGCAUGUACACCUGCAAGUUCUGCCCUUACUCCUGCCGUAGUCUUUCUCAUGUCACUAGGCACGAAAGGACACACACGGGAGAAAAGCCUUUCCGCUGCUCUGUGUGUGAGAAAGCGUUUGCUUUUAUUGCUGACUUGCGGAUGCACAUGAGGACCCACACGGGGGAGAAACCAUUCCGUUGCGAGGUUUGCCAGAAGGCGUUCGCCAAAAGUCAUCAGCUGUUGAUUCACAAACGAGUACACACGGGCGAGAAGCCGUACAGGUGUGGCACCUGUGAGAAAGAAUUUUCACAUAAAUCCAGCUUGUUGUGUCAUGAGACAAGUCACAGUGGGGAGCGGCCUUACAAGUGUGAUGCCUGUGGGAAUACGUAUAUACGGCGUUGCGAUUUCGACAGCCACCGGAAAAGAGUGCACAAGUGAGGAACCUGCUUCACGCAUUAUCUGGAGUUGUGGAAGAAUUCUUUCAUGCUUCACCGUGCGCUUUGCGGCUUGUCUGUUGUCCGUUCAAAUGAAAUUGAGACGUAGAGGCACAUAUAUCAGCUCUAACAUUAUCAGUUAUAAUUAGGCAACAGUUGCAGUACUGCUAUGUGGCUUUUUUUUUUUUGUUUAGUACAGUUUAGCAGCUUUUCUCUUCAGGUUCAUUUUUGUUUUAUGAUGUAUAAAGCCACUGGUCUUGGAGCUUUUUAUUUUUUAUUUAUUUAUGACCAAACACAUUGAAUCUGCAAAAGCUUAUUCAGCUUUUUGUGCUGAUUUAGAAUAUCUGGUCAUUUUCUCAGUGAGUAGAAUUUUCCUCAAAAUAAUUAAAACUCACCGGCCUUUGUUUGGAGCAACAAUAGGAAGCAAAAAUUACUCAACAAAAUAUCCUCUUUAACACGUAGCUAGAUACUACAAACUCUAGAGAAUACAAUGCUGGAAGCACUUUUAAGAUUAACCCAUUAUUAGUGUUUUUAUUACACAUUGAAGUUCAGUGCUCAAUGUGACUAAUACGUAAUAAAAUAAAAAAUCAAUUACAAACUCUUGAACCUAUAUUAAGCAAUCUGCUCUCAACAUUGUAUGCUUCACGCAGUUAUCUACAUGUUUCAAAAAGAGUUAGAUUUCUAUCUGCCCUAGAUGCUGAUACCCCUCCUGCAAAUUCGCAACAAGUCAAAAAAUUGUGUUUUGUGCAAACAGUGUUUUAGAGUCGACUUCAACGCACAUUCAACCUGCUCAGACAUUAAAAAUUGAUUUAUACUUCAAAUAUUCAUCUACCAUCUGUAGAAGACGACAUUGCCAUUUCUAAAAGAAUUAAGUUUUAGGAAUUUUUUGCCUCCAAAGACCCAUUUCCCACUUAACUGUUCAUUUUAAGUGGAUGAAGAGCAUUAGGGUUUAUUAAGGCACCUUCAGUCCUAUGUCUAGAUUUUUGGGACAUUUUGUAAAGUGAUCCCUCCUAUGUUGUCUAGAUUUCCAUGCAUUGUUAACCUAGUUCUUCCACUUUGCUCCAAGUUGAAUUAUGUCCCUGAGGUUGUAAGAAGAAAUCUGUCAGUAACUGUCUUGCGUUCUUUGUGGAUUCAGUUAUUCGCAAAUAAACUACUUUUUUCGACAAGGCGCUGCCUUACUGCCUCACUGCUGUUGAUGAGAUUUCUACGAGCAACGGGCACAAUGUAAGCUUUGAUUUCAACCUUUUUUGAGCUUGAUUGAUCUUUGCCAGCUGACAGUGGGAGUAAGCUUUUUGAUGUCACGGCUGGACCAUUUGCGUCAAAUUUAUUUUUGCUCUGCCACUCUGC